AUGACCAGUUCUACCAAAGAAGUCUGUUUCGAAGUGCAGUUUCAAUUCGUAGAAUUUUUCACAACCUCUAUCAAGGCGAUACGCACAGCAGAAUCAAAGGAGCGAGGAGUGGUGGCUACCAACGGCAGUUCGGGAGCACCGCAGAUCAUUAAGCGGUCCUACGAAGAAGCAUCAGUGGAACUCGGCGAGGCUCUUUCACGGCUGAAUAAACUCGAUGCUGUUGGAACGACCAACGACGGUCCAACAGCCAACAUGGUCAUCCGGUCGAAGCCCAAACGGCGCUGUAUACUGAUGCCACCAGCAAAGACUAGCCGGCUUUUUGGCCGACUUGACAUCUUUGUGCAGCUUGAAGAGCUUCUCACUGCAGAUGCAGGAGAAUUCUCACUCCAGUCCGUCGCUUUGCAUGGUCUUGGGGGCGUGGGUAAGAGCAGCAUAGCAUCAUUGUACGCCGGGAAGAAGUACUGCCAGCAGACUUACGAUGUGGUGUUGUGGGUACACAGCGAGAAGGACGCUUGCUUGAGGCAAAGCUUUACCGACAUUGCCCUGCGAUUAAAGCUGCCAGGAGCACAAACGCAGGCUCAUGAAGAGAAUUGCAUCCUCGUCCAUGACUGGUUCCAGAGUACAGACUGUAAAUGGCUUGUUGUAUACGACAACGUCGAGUCGGCUGAUACUCUUGCCCCAUACUGGCCACGGGCUACGAACCAGGGUAGAGCCAUCAUUACAACGCGGAACCACUCGCUAGCAUUCGACCCAGCGCAAUCGGGUCUUGAAAUCACUUCAUGGGAUGCAGAUACUGGAGCGGAAUUCCUGCUCUUCCUAUUGAAGAAUAGCAUUGGGCGAGAUCUAAACUCGGAGAGCAUUUCGGCCCGCACGCUGUCAGAACAGCUGAGUGGGCAUGCCCUAGCCCUAUCGCAGAUGGCUGGUCUGAUACAUGACGGCGAAUUGUCCAUCAAAGAGUUCACAACGAUGUUCAUCAAGAACUCUCAAUCAGCCCAUACCGUGGAUGGAUUAUCAGAGCUUGGCAGUUCGCGUUUGAGUCACUUGACGUGA